AUGUCGGUUGUAACGUUCGAAAAGCCCAUUGCUCAUUCCUCCCUGGCCGACUGGUACGCCAGCCAGUGGCAGAACCAGCAGACAAAUGACACGCGGCGCAAUGACGCCUUCAGGCUGCGCCAUGAAUCGAGACAGCUGCGCAACGAGACCAAGGUCCAGACGGAAUGGGAUACGUACCACAAUAACGUCCGAUUAUCGGACAGGAUACUCGAACUCGACAGGUGGAAACAGACAUUAAUGGCGCUGAUGGACAGGAUCAACAGGGAGAUGAACCUGCUGAAAGACGAAAAAUUCAGCACCGAGAGGGAACUCGACGCCUUAGGCAUUCCGUUGAGCGUAAUAUCGGAAUGUAUUUCAAUGAGAGACUGCAGACAGGGCGCAGAACUGACUUACGACGACGGGGAUAUGGAACUGAAAAAGGAGCUGUGCGUGGUGGAGACCGUCAAGAAGUUAUUAGUGGAAAGGUGCCAGGCGGUUUGGGAGAAGCUGAACAAACUGGAAGAGGUAAAAUUUAAACUCAACCUGGAAAUCAACGACAAAAGCGAGGCCCUGGAAAUUGACAGGGACCAGCUGAAUCUGGAUAAGAACUGCGCCAACAUCACUUUUAAAACCGACUCCCUUCGAACCGUCAAAGGCUCGAUUCCCUACGAGUCCUGGCUGGAGCACUCGCAGUACAUCAAGCAGCUGGGCGACAACGAGCUGGCCGACACGCUGAAGCUGCGCGAGUCGCUGUUCGUGGUGCGCGAGCGCGCGCGCAACGACAUGCUGGCGCAGCGCGACCGCGUCGACUUCACGCUGCGGAAGCGCAUCUACGAGACGCAGAAGGCGCGCAACGAGAUCGAGUGGCAGCAGCUGAAGAUGCGCGAGGAGAUGAGCAAGGUCAUUAAGGAGAUACAGACGUUGGAGGACGCGCUGCUGGCCAAAACCGACGCUCUGAAGCUGGCCGAGACCAGGCUCGAGAACCGUUCGUACAGGCCCAGCUUCGAGCUGGCCCGCGACGAGCCCGAGCAAGGGCUGAAAAACGAGGUGACCCAGCUGCGGCAUACCCGCAAGGCCCUUAUCGACAAGAUCAACUGCGCCAAGGCCACCUAUAACGCGUUGGAGGACCAGCAGGUCAUCAUCGACCGCGAUCUGGCCAACAAGAACCAGUCGCUGAUGACGGACAUCCGUUGUCUGGACCUGAGGAUCAGGCUGCGCACUGGAGAGUUCGCCGGUCCGGCCUCUGACACCGACAGGAACAUCCAGCUGACCCAGAUGGAGAAGGAGAUCCUUCCCACGUAG